UCCUACUGUACUGCAAAGUCUUCGUCACUGGUCGACGCGCGUGUUCGGAGGUUAAAGUCAUCUGAAUAUUUUAUAGUUACGCUGCCAACCGCCUCCCAUGCGUCUUCCUCCGACCAGCUAUGUUUGGCUGUUCCGGUUAAGUAGCUUUACCGGUGAACUGCGUUUGUCAGCGAGCCACUCCUUCCGCACCAGACCGACAUUUCACACCCGUCCUCCUUUACUCUUCGGUCGGGCACUCACCAUGCAGUCCAGUGGAAAUGUAGCUAACCGCAGCCGUGAGCGGGUCUUGGGCAGAGCGGAGCAGUCAGGGCCGGGGCUCCUCAGUAGCAUCAUUCCCACCGUCACUACCGAAGACACGGGUCCUCCGGCGGAGAAAAAGCGACUGGGCAGCUCACUAGUGGUUGACGAGAGGAACUUGAGGACCCCGAGUCCUCUGUUUGGGGCCAGUGGGGAUGACGACUCGGAGGCAGAGUCUUUUCGAGAUGGGAGAAGCGAAGAUGUCGACCGAGACACCAGGGGCAGGGCCUUUGCCUGGUGCCGAGACUUUCUGUCGGGGUCGUGGAAGACCAUCGAGGAGGGCGAUUUUCAGAUCAGCAUCGUCAGUGGCGGGCUGAGUAACCUACUGUACCUGUGUAGUUUACCUGAGCAUGUGCACUGUGUGGGACAGGAACCUCGCCAGGUGCUCCUCAGGAUCUAUGGUGCCAUCUUACAGGGUGUGGACUCUCUGGUUUUGGAGAGUGUGAUGUUUGCUAUUCUGGCAGAACGAGCACUGGGACCAAAACUUUAUGGCAUCUUCCCUGAGGGACGCUUAGAACAAUACCUCCCGAAUACUCGCAUGAAAACAGAACAGCUUUCCAAUCCAGACAUCUCAGUUGAGAUCGCUACCAAGUUGGCACGCUUCCAUGAAAUGGUGAUGCCCUUUAACAAAGAGCCUAAGUGGCUGUUUGGGACCAUCGAUAAGUACAUGGAUCAAGUGAUGAAGAUUAGUUUUACACGUGAAGCACAUGUAAAGAAGUACAAAAAGUUGAUGAGGUUCGAUCUGCCUGCUGAGCUGGAGAGCCUCCGAGCUUUGCUGGCAGCAACUCCAUCCCCAGUGGUGUUUUGCCACAAUGACGUCCAAGAAGGAAACGUUCUUAUGCUGGAGCACACGGACCACAACGCAACAGACAGACUCAUGCUGAUAGACUUUGAAUACAGCAGCUACAACUACAGGGGCUUUGACUUCGGGAACCAUUUCUGUGAAUGGGUUUAUGAUUACACCUACAAUGAGUGGCCCUUCUUCAAAGCCACACCAGAGAACUAUCCAACCAGAGAGCAGCAGCUUCUGUUUAUCAGAAGUUACUUGACAGAAAAGCGACGACACUCCGACAGUGUUGUAGAUCAGACACAGAUGGAAGAUGAUUUGAUAAUUGAAGCAAACAGAUAUGCUUUGGCGUCGCACUUCCUCUGGGGGCUGUGGUCCAUCAUUCAAGCAAAGAUAUCCAAGAUUGAGUUUGGAUACAUGGAUUAUGCCCAGUCUCGUUUUGAUGAAUACUUCAAGCAAAAGAAGCUCUUCGUCUGAAUUCCACCGUGUUAAUCAGAAUGUACUGUUUCUAACAUUCUUCAAGACCGCCUCUUGUUUCUGUCAAGAUUUCUGUCGGAUACAUCUUGUUGAAACUAUGCAACUCUGCUUUGGACAUAAGCAGGAUGAUUUGUGAAAAAGUACAAAUUUUACUUUUCAGGACGAUGCACAAGUAUGGUCUGAGUCUUCAUGCACUCUGUUUUAUUUAAGCACCAAUUCUUAUAGUGUGAAAUGUAGUUAGAGCUGAGCUAGCUCUAGAGCGUUGUUGUGUUUGGGUCACUUAGGAAUCUCAGUCGGUUGUACAACCUGUUUUUUGUUUGUUUUUUAUGUCAUACAUUUUUAGAUGCACUUCUAUGGACCAUUUUGUGACAUCAGCAUGCUCGAUACUUUGGUUAUGCUCUCUGUUCGUGUCAGAGCUCUCAGUGCUAGAUGCCUUGCCAGAGAAUUAUUGUCUUUCAUUUUAAGGGUCCCAGCCUUACUGUAAUAAUCAUUUUUAGUUUACUGAAGCAGUACCAUUGAUCUCAGUGAAUGACGCUUUUCUGUUUUUAGUCAUUCUACCUCACUUCUCUCUUGUUUUGUUUGUUCUGGAUUAAGAUGCAUAGAUUCCAUAAGGGCUAGUUGUAACGGUACUCUGUGAAGGAAGAACAGAGAUUAGUAUCACACAAAUGCUAUAACAUACUGGAGAACAAGGCAGACUAUUUCCUGUAAUUAUUCUUUAACGGUCUGUAAAGUUUUAAUCGUCACGCAUUUAACAGAUUAAUCCAUGAGGGCUGUUGUAUGUGUAUCACUGUGGUUUAACCAUCAGAACAGCUGCAAAGUGUACGUCACUGAAGUCGGUAAUAUUUAAUCUUGUCACACCUUUAGAUAUUUUUGUAGCGGUAUAUUUCUGCUGCACCAAUUUCAUGUAAGCCAGCUUGUUCAUGUGCAGGAAUCUGUUUUAAACCCUUCUUUGAAUUUUUUCCUACUCAUAACCACAGCUUGACUAUCCAAACACCUAACAUUCUUAUCUGCUGUAUUCAUUUAACUAUAAUGUUCAUUUGUCACAUGUAUGUAACCCCCUCAAACUCCGAAAUCUACCAAUACUGAAGUCUUUGUAAUUUUUUGCUGUGGUUCAUUUGAAUGUGAAGUGGCGUUUUUACCAUUUUCAGUUUGAACCACUUUCCGAUGCUUUUAUUUAUUUAGACUGUUUCCUGGAUUAGUCUGAAUGUACUGGCACUAAUGAAUGUCUCCGUGUCCAUGUUUUACACAUAGCUGCAUCAGUUUACGUACCAGAAGUAGUUCGACCCGUGACACAUGAACUGCCUACUCUCCCUCUACUGUCGGUCGGUUAGAGUAUGACUGUAUUAUUUUGGUUCUUUUUGCGCUAAUGAAAUUCUAAUUUUCAAGCAAAUAAAGAUAUGUGCUCAGA